AUAUCCUGGGGGUGGUACCUGACCGAGUGGCGGCUACUUUAUCCAAUAGGAGGGGAUAUUGUUGGCUCCGCUGCCAAUGAGGACUCUGGUGAGAAAGAAGCGGUGAUCUGACCAUGGAGGCACCGACUUGAGGCAGCAUGGCUCUCUGUCUGAGGUGGCGCCGGCUCGGGCUCCCGCUGCCGGGGUUCCGCGGCUGCGAGCUGCACACAGCGCAUGAGGCCUCUGUGCUGACUCCUCCCCAUUGGUUGGCAGAGCGAUUUGCCCUCUUUGAGGAGCUAUGGGCCGCUCAGGUGAAAAGGUUAGCAAGUGUGACAGAGAAGAAACCCCGGGCUAUUAAGAUAUCACUUCCUGAAGGCCAGAAGGUAGAUGCUGUUGCGUGGAACACAACCCCUUACCAACUAGCCCAGCAGAUCAGCUCAACACUGGCCAACGCCGCUGUGGCUGCUGAAGUAGAUGGAGAGCUCUAUGACCUGGAGCGGCCCUUGGAGACAGACUGUCACCUCAGAUUCCUGACCUUUGAUUCCCCUGAAGGCAAAGCGGUAUUCUGGCACUCUAAGUGCCCACGUUCUGGGCGCAGCAGCUGAGCGACAACUGGGUGCUGUUCUCUGCCAAGGUCCAAGUACAGAAUCUGGCUUUUACCAUGAUUUCUUCCUGGGAAAAGAGAGGACAGUCCGGAGCUCAGAGUUGCCCCUUUUAGAACGGAUUUGCCAGGAGAUCAUAGCUGCAGCACCGCCGUUCCGGAGGCUAGAGGCUUCUCGGAUGAGCUUCGGCAGCUCUUC